AUGCCAGUCGGGCUGGAUAUCUCGUCUUCUACACGUUCCCAAGCUGGCCCUGGACCUCAUCUUCGGAACCGGCCCGAGAUAGAUUCCUCUGCGGGGGCGUUAUGGACGUCGCAUUUUGACGACCCUUCAACAAUGGCGGCGACAGCAGGGAAUGGCUCCGUGCCUCCUGCAAAUGCCUCUUCUUCAAAUGGUGGUAUUUCAGCUAGCCAGCGCAUGAUAUCUGCAUCCGCGGGCAACAUAUUAACCGGUCUGCUCGUCACUCCUCUCGAUGUCGUUCGCGUCCGUUUACAGUCUCAAGCCGUUAAGAGCGUCAACCCAUCCCAAUAUACCACCUCAACGCUGAAGAAUCUUCCCCCGAACAUUGGAAUAACGGCCUGCUGCCGAGAGGUCUUCUGGGUUGGAGAGAAUGCGCAAAUGUGUAUGCUGGGUCCGCAGGGCGGGGCACUCAGCGCCCAGGCCAUGGAUUGCGCCGUCGAGGAAACACAAAGGCGGACAUUCACAUCAACUUUCGAUGGACUGCGCAAAAUCGCCCGCAACGAGGGCAUGGUUGCCCUGUGGCGAGGUCUCAGCCCAACUCUGAUGAUGGGCAUUCCGGCAAACAUUAUCUACUUCGCUGGGUAUGAUUGGCUACGUACCGACGAGCGGAGUCCUAUUAAGCAACGCGUUUCGGAUGUUUAUGCGCCAUUUGUCGCUGGCGCGAUAGCUCGAACAGCGGCUGCAUCAGCCACAAGUCCCGUGGAAAUGUUCAGGACUCGUCUCCAAGCCACGCCGGGAACUGGCGCUGGACACUUCAAGGAAACAUUAGAAGGCUUGUACCAAAUGACCCAGGUGAAAGGAUAUACAUCUCUCUGGCGAGGUCUGUCCCUUACCAUGUGGCGCGAUGUGCCCUUCUCGGGCCUCUACUGGUGGGGUUAUGAGAAGGUCAAGGAAGGCCUGGAAGGAGCGCGGCAAAGCGCCCCUCAUCUUUCUGGCUCUGAGGCAGAGCACGUCUCGACCGCGACUGCCUUUGUCGAUAGCUUCAUUGCCGGUGCCACUUCAGGAUCAGUAGCGGCGCUGGUAACAACGCCUUUUGAUGUUGGAAAGACACGGCAACAAGUUUUCCGGCAUAUGGAUGACCAUAUCUCUCCCUCCCCCCGAUCCACUCUCAUUCCGAAGGCUAUUGUCCCGGAACAGCUCUCUCUACCCAAGUUUCUCAUGCACAUAUUCCGCGAGGAAGGCCUCGCCGGACUCUUCAGUGGAUGGGCAGCCCGCUGCUUGAAAGUGGCGCCCGCCUGCGCUAUCAUGAUAUCGACAUAUGAGCUCGGAAAACGCAUGGCUCGUGAUGUCAACGAGCGACGACACCCCGAAGACUCCUAA